AUACGUGUACAAGGACUACUCGGGACAGGACCACUCAGUUGCCAUCUGUCUGCAGAAGCGAAUCACAGUGCGCUCAAUUGUGCUUCACAAUGAUUUGGAUACUUUCUCUACUUGUAGCUCUAAUUCCUGUUUUAACUGUCGACGCGUGGGGGAAGUACAACGCCUUUGACCAGAAGCAAAUAACGGAGUAUGUGACCAAACUCUGUACGAAAAGUGGCGCUGAAGACAAAGUUCCACAAGUUCUGGAUGCAAUCGAAAACUUCGAGAAAUGUUCCGUGAGCCUGUUCAAGGACGAAGUCCUGUUGGAGGAAGUGGCGACUGCCAUCCGCAAUAAUGACCUCAAUGGAGUCUUCAAAAAGUACUGCGCACGCACAGGCCGCUUGGCCGCGUGCACUUACUCUCUGAUCGACAGCGUGGGGCUGUGCGUGGCCGGCGCCGACCUGCCCGCCGCGCACAACUUCAUCGACCAGCUGCUCGGCUUCGUCUGCCACAACGACGGCGAGAGGAUCGCACUGUUCAUUCAAGAAAGCGGUCCUCAAUGCUUCCAGCAGAACGCGGGCUCCCUGAACGGCUGCGCCGCGAAAGUGUUGAGCGAAAUGGACGGCGUGCAACCGGUUAAAGAACGCUGCACGAAGUUCGACGAGCUAUCAAAAUGCCUGGUGGAGACUGUGAGCACGUGCUCUCCCGCCGCGCCGGGCGACAUGAUGCGCGCGCUGCUCGCGCACGUGCGGCAGGCCACGCCGUGCGCAGCAGACGACGACACCUUCCGCACCUACAUGCGGUGGCUGCAGGACCGCAAGGACCACACCGACCACCAUUAAAAUACUCGUCACGCCCCGGCUAUGAAAUGCACGCUC